AUGAUGUUUGACAGGGCUGUAUUUUAGUCAAUGUUAGCCAAGUUUGGUGGGAAUGAACGGAGGCUAUCAGGGAUAAGACCCAUGGCGCAACCUCAGCUAAUUCCCUUAAUCAGAGUAUAGCUACUGCUGAUUAGCUUAGCUUCCAAAGCCAUCAAGGGGAUUGCUGCCAAGAUUAGCAACAAGGCUCCUCCUGGAGCUGUUUACAAUCUUGCCAGCACCACUGUGACCCCUCUGCACACCUUUAUGGACGACCGCGUGAAAAAUGUCCAGAGGCCAUUUGAAAAAACAAUGAGGUCCCUCGUGAAGAUGUUCCCCAAGUCAGGAAAGUCCAUCGUCUUCGACCACUUUCCCGACCCCUCUGACACCUGGGAGAUCAUCGAGACCAUCGGGAAGGGGACCUAUGGGAAAGUGUACAAAGUGCUCAGCAAGGCCGACGGGAGCAAGGCCGCCGUCAAAAUACUCGAUCCGAUCCAUGACAUAGAUGAGGAGAUAGAGGCUGAGUACAACAUCCUCAAGGGCCUGUCGGACCACCCCAACGUCGUCAAGUUCUUUGGGAUGUUCUUCAAGAAGGACGUGAAGGAUGGGGACCAGCUUUGGCUGGUAUUGGAGCUCUGCAAUGGCGGUUCCGUCACAGACCUUGCGAAAGGCUUGCUGAAGAGGGGUGACAGAAUGGACGAGGCUGUAAUUGCCUACAUCUUGCAUGAAGCUCUCAUGGGACUCCAGCACCUGCAUGUCAACAAGACAAUCCAUCGUGAUGUGAAGGGGAACAACAUCCUAGUGACGACUCAGGGGGGCAUCAAGUUGGUGGACUUCGGCGUUUCUGCCCAGCUGACGAACACCCGCCUUCGCCGGAACACGUCGGUGGGGACCCCCUUCUGGAUGGCCCCGGAGGUGAUCGCGUGCGAGCAGCAGCUGGACUCCACCUAUGACUGCCGCUGUGACGUCUGGUCGCUGGGCAUCACCGCCAUCGAGCUCGGAGAUGGGGACCCUCCAUUGGCCGACCUCCACCCAAUGAGAGCCCUCUUCAAAAUCCCCAGAAAUCCUCCGCCAACCCUGCGCCAGCCAGAGUUGUGGUCUGAAGAUUUCAACGACUUCAUCCGUGGAUGCCUGAUAAAGGACUUUGAGGUUCGCCCACAUGUCCUUGACCUCCUCCAGCAUGUCUUCAUCAAGCAGACUGACGGCAAGAAGAGGCUUCUCCAGACGCAGCUGAUGGAGCUCAUUGAUCUCAACCAGCAGAUGGGCGUGAUCGAGAAGACCAGGCAUGAGCGAAUCCACACGAAGAAAGGGAGCCACAUGAAGUCCUCAAGCCCCGUCCCAGACGACGUCGAUGACCUCGCUGUCCUGGAAGUGCUAGAUGAAAACACAGUAACGGAUCAGCUGCAGAAACGCUACGGCAAAGGCCAGAUUUAUACCUAUGUGGGCGACAUCCUUAUCGCCGUCAACCCUUUCCGCGAGAUGGACCUGUACUCCAGCGAGUUCCAGAGGAAUUACAUCGGGGCAAAGCGAACGGCGAACCCUCCCCACAUCUUCGCUGCCGCUGACAUCGCCUACCAGUCCAUGGUGUCCUACAACGCUGACCAGUGCAUUGUCAUAAGCGGAGAGAGUGGGGCUGGCAAGACGGAGAGCGCCCACCUGCUGGUCCAGCAGCUCACGGUGCUGGGAAAGGCAAACAACCGGACUCUUCAGGAAAAAAUUCUGCUGGUCAAUAACUUGGUGGAAGCUUUCGGGAAUGCCCGCACGGUCAUAAACGACAACUCGAGCAGGUUUGGGAAGUACCUGGAAAUGAGGUUCACCAACGGCGGCACCGUAGUCGGCGCCCAGAUCUCCGAGUACCUCCUGGAGAAGUCCAGGGUCAUCCACCAGGCCGUAGGUGAAAAGAACUUCCAUAUCUUCUACUACAUCUAUGCCGGUUUGGCUGAGAGGAGGAAACUGGGCCACUACAAGCUGUCGGACAGCAAGACGCCAAAGUACCUGCAGAACGAGCAGAUCAAGGUGGUGCCCGACAUCGUCAGCAGCACGUACUAUGGCGAGCAGUUUGAGGCGGUGGAGCAGUGCUUUAAAGUAAUUGGCUUUUCCCUCGAGGAGCUGGGGAGCGUUUACAGCAUCCUGGCUGCCAUCCUCAAUGCCGGCGACAUCGAGUUCACGUCAGUCGCCACGGAGCACCAGACAGACAAGAGCAACAUCGCGAACAUGGGCGUGCUGGAGAGUGUGGCUUCCCUGCUGUUCAUCCGGCCCGACGAACUGCAGGAGGCACUGACGUCCUACUGCGUGGUGACACGCGGCGAGACCAUUGUGCGGCCCAACACAGCGGAGAAGGCAGGCGAGGUGCGGGACGCCAUGGGCAAGGCACUCUACGGCCGCCUCUUCAGCUGGAUCGUCAACCGCAUCAACUCCUUGCUGAAACCUGAUGGCCAACUCAGUGAGGAGGAGAAAGGCUUGAACAUUGGGAUCCUCGACAUAUUCGGGUUUGAGAACUUCAAGAGGAACUCGUUUGAGCAGCUGUGCAUCAACAUUGCUAAUGAGCAGAUCCAGUUUUACUUCAACCAGCACAUCUUUGCCUGGGAGCAGGAUGAGUACCUGAACGAGGACGUGGACGCGCGUGUGAUAGAGUACGAGGACAACCGACCACUUCUGGACAUGUUCCUGCAGAAGCCCAUGGGCCUGCUCUCGCUGCUGGAUGAGGAGAGCCGAUUCCCCCAGGCAACAGACCAGACACUCGUGGAGAAGUUCGAAGACAACUUGAAGUCUAAAAACUUUUGGAGGCCAAAAAGAGUAGACUUGGCUUUUGGCAUCCAUCAUUAUGCAGGAAAGGUCAUUUAUAACGCAGAUGGAUUUCUGGCGAAGAACAGAGAUGCGCUUCCGGCCGACAUCGUUCUUCUGCUCCGUUCCUCUGAAAACGAACUGAUCCGCAAACUGGUCACGCACCCUCUCACCAGAAUAGGCAACCUGGCUCACACCAAGGGCAAAACAACAGGGGCCAGUCACACCGGCCCCUCCCAGCGCACCCUCAACUUGUCCAAGGCGGACACAGGUGAGACUUCACAUCAUCCCAGAGAGACGACCAACAUGAGAACGCAGACAGUAGCAUCUUAUUUCAGAUACUCUCUCAUGGACCUGCUUUCCAAAAUGGUAGCUGGGCAGCCCCAUUUUGUCCGCUGUAUCAAACCGAACAACGAUCGUCACGCCAACAAGUUUGAUCGGGAGAAGGUCCUGGUCCAGCUUCGCUACACGGGCGUCCUGGAGACAGCGAAAAUCCGCAGGCAGGGCUACUCCCAUCGCAUACUCUUUGCUAACUUCAUCAAAAGGUACUCACUGCUGGCCUUCAAAGCAAAUGAAGAGCCCACCUUGACUCCAGAAACGUGUGCAGCCAUUCUGGAGAAAAUGAAACUGGAGAAUUGGGUCCUCGGGAAAACAAAAGUGUUCCUGAAGUACUACCAUGUGGAGCAGCUGAACCUGGCUGUGCGGGUGGUGACGGACCGGGUGGUCCUCCUGCAGGCGUGCGUGAAGGGCUGGCUGGGAGCCCGGAGGUACCGGAAGAUUCUGGAGAAGAGGGAACAGAGCGCUGUGGUCCUACAGUCUGCUUACAGGGGAUACAAAGUCCGGAAAGAAGUCACCGGUGGUAAGGAUACAGUUAAAGUGGAGGCCUUCAUCAUCAAGUUCCAGGCAGUUUGCAGAGGGUACCUCGCCAGGAGCCUGUUCAAGGAGCUAAUCGAUGAGAAAAAUAAAGCUGCAGCCAAGAUUCAAGCCCAUUACAGGGGCCACAAAGAAAGGAAAAGCUUUAAGAGGAAGAAGGAGGCCAUGCAGAAAGACAACCAAGGCAACUCCGAUACGGGAGAAGGUGCCCCAACGGAGACGGACAUCUCAGAGGAGACCAGCCAACUGAAUGGAAAAAGCAAGGGAGAAGAAGAUGACCAGGAGGACUCAAUAGGAGUGUCAGACAUGGAGCCCAUGGAUGGCGCUAAGGAACCCCCCCACAGUGGAAAGGGUACAGAAGAGGAAGCUGACCUUGAGCAGGAGACCAAGGCUGCCACCGUCAUCCAGAGCAACUUCCGAGGACACAAGGAGCGGGAGAAGCUCAAGGAGGAGGGGAAGAUCCCUCAGAGGGGAAAAGGGGAUAUGGCAUCUCAGCAGGACAGGCCCCCUUCUCCAGGGCCCACUGAGUCCCCAUCAGAGAAGGUCCUGGAAAAUGAUGACGAAGAAGAGGAGACUAAAGCCGCCGUCGUCAUCCAGAGCAACUUUCGCGGUCACAAGGAACGCAAGAGGCUGCAAGAGGAGGGGAAGAUACCCAAUAAGAAGGAGGUGGUCAAGCAGGAGCACCAGGCAAGGGAUCAGGCCCUGGAGCCAGAGCCGCAGCCAGAGCCGGGACCAGAACCAGAGCCGGAACUGGAACCGGAAGAUGAGCUGGAACAGGAACCAGAGCCAGAACCGGAACUGAAGCCAGGGUCACCCAGUGAGGACGCUGAUAUAGAUGAGGAGAAAGCUGCUACAGUGCUCCAGAGCAACUUCAGGGGCCAUAAGGAGAGGAAAAGGUUGAAGGAGGAGAGUGAGGUAAAAAAACAACCUGAAAAAGCUGUGGAAGAGAUCCCUGAGGAUACCGACGUUCCACUCGAUAGUACAGAGCUACUUCAGGAUGACUCAAUGGACGAGGAGAAAGCUGCAGUGAAAAUCCAGAGCAACUUCCGAGGCUAUAAAGACCGGAAGAACUUAAAGAUGACAGCGCAGAAAGAGGUGGAGGAGCUGGAGCACUUUUCUAAGCAAGUAACCGAAGCAUCUGAAAGCUACAUGGCUCUUCAGAGGAAACUGAAUGAAAUCAUUCUGGCCCACCAGGUAAACCCAACUAGCAACGGUAUGUUUAUGAAAGGGAACCAGCUCAACAGUUACGCAACAAGUCAACACCAAGCAGCUGAGCAGAAGCAGACAAGGGCGCCGCGCAGGACACAGCAGCCGAAGACCCUAAACACGCCAGAGGACUCCACAUACUAUAACCUUAUCCACAGAUCAGUCCAGGAUGAUAAACGGCGUCCAAGGAAGCAAAGCAAAGGGAAGCUCCUGGACAUGGAUGAUCCUUACUACAAGGAGCUGUCUACCAGCAAGUCCUCGCCCUCCAUCUCCAGCGAGAAGACGUCCACCGACGAGAAGCCCACCCCGAGGCCUGCCUCAGAGCCAGACACACCCAAAGAAAAAAGGCAAUCCUCACCCAGAAUGCCAUCCACGGACAGCCAGGCUGAUGACAACCCCUACGACUACAGGAAGCUCCUCAGGAAGACCUCUCAAAGACAAAGGCUCGUAAAAUAACGCUAGUGCUGAUCUAGGAUCAGUGUUUGAUGCGCCGGGUGGAGUUCAUUCAUCUGAAGUGUCUCAUAAACACGUCCAUGAGCUGUUUCGGCCUCCCGGGCUCUGUUGAGCACUUGAUGUGAAUUGGUAGUGGCUUCACUGACCUCGUUAGCAUUGUCACCGGCCUUGUUGGCAUUGGUGCCCAAGGCAGGUGCUGACAUCGCAACACCAGGCCCCACCACUGGGAGGUCACACAGCUGGAGUCAACUCACUACCUCCCGUCCAGAUCUGGAGGAUGUUCACAUGAGGGACGUGACUAGAUGUCCAGCUGAAGGUUCUUGGUUUGGAAUCUUCUGAAGCUGCUAUGAUAAACACAGUGGGUGGGACUUUGAUGACACUUAACUAGGAAAACUACUGGUUGAAAGCCUUUGAAGGCAGAUAUGUAAACCAGCUGGAUCUAAAGAGAUUGAGUGUUAAACUUCCCGGGGCACCAUGUAAUUGCUUAAAAUGAUGAUGUCAUGAAGUCUGGGUGACUUUGCAUGAGCCAAAGUAAGCAGUCAGGACGAAACCUCAUGAGAUCACUAUACACAGGGAUCAAAAGACCUGGACUGCAAUCACAAAUUAAACUUUGUAGAAAUGUUACACUUAUGGCUGUUCUUGCCUGCUAUAAAGAGAUUGUUUUGUAUUUUACUCUGGUAUGUGUUACUUCUUUGUGAUCAUACAGUAUGUAUGCAUAUACUUUUUGCUAUAUGUAGGCCUGUUUUUGCUGUGUAAUUGCAUGUGCUGUUUCUUUAUAUCAGAAAAAAAGAGGCAGAAUAUAUGUUUACAUCCCAAUUAGUAAGUAAUAUUUUUAUGACAUAAAGAGGCAACAGAAGACGCAGAAAAUAUAUUUUUGUGAGCGUAUGUCACAGAGUUAAACUAACGGCUGGGUUGUUGAGAACGCAUUGUCCUGCAUUGGAUGUAUAUAAAUGCUGAAACGCGAAGUGUGUUCAAUUAUAACAAAGCUGUUAUAAUUAGACGCAAAUUUUCAUGUAUCACAGGUUUAACGCAUUUUUCAACACAGUUACGUAGCUUAUUUUGCUUCAGUAGCGUUUACUAUGUCGUAUACACUGCCGUAAUAUUUGUUACAUCCUUUGUGCCAUGUUUCGUUUUAAUGACUCGUAAUCAAACCUUUAAACGGGGAUUAAAUCAGUAUAGCUGGAGAGGCAGAGAACUGCAUUUUGCUGUGGUUUAUAUUUGUCUCCAUUUGUCACCGGUCCCCAUGCGUCCUAAACUAUUUAGUGAUUAAAAACAGCGAUUUUUCAACCCUUUGGUCGCGAUCAAAAUCUGAGUCGCGGCAAGUUCUGAAAGUGUCGCGAGACAAAUGGAAAUGUAAGCAUAUUAAAACCAGCAAGUUCCUUCUGAGCUCAGUUGUAUAAUUAACCUAGGCUAUACAAACGGGUCUUGGGUCUGCAAAUGCUUAGGGAAAAACUAGUGGACGCUCAACCAAUCCACGAAGCCAAACCACAGAUCCCUAAUUUAAAAUUCACUGGCACAUCCAAUCAGAUUUGUGCGAUAGGCAUCGAUUGGCGUAUAUUGCAGAGCACGCAGUAUGUUUGAUCAUAGCGUUAAUUUAAACCUAGCUAUACUUGACAUAGGGUCGCGACUGAGCGGGCAUGGUAAAAAUUAGGUAGCAGAGCAAAAAAGUUUGAAAACCACUCAUCUAAACGGCCUGUAGCUGUCUGGACAGCGCCCAGUUUCUCCUUUCAGUGGUAUAAAUAUCAGAGAUUCAAUUUAUGAAAAAAAAUCACUGAAAAGUUUUGCUCUUGAGAAAUGUGUGGGAUAUUGUGGAUUCAUAAUUUAAAAGUGUUUGGAUUUUUCCCUGUAAAUAUUCAUGAGCUGUGGUCGCAAUGAUUUUGUGGUCAGACAUUAACAUGUUAAUCCAGUUUCACAUCAAAUUAGUUUAAUCUGGUCAUAAAAUAUAUGUAAAAGAUUCAUUACAGUUAAUGUUUUUGCAGUUAUUUAGACAUUUCUUUGAAUAUGUUUGUGUUCUGAUUGAUCUUCGUGCCUUAACUUUUGAAAGUUUUAUUUAAGUUGUGAAGAAAAAUAAUAGG